UGAUUUUCAUCAAUUUUCCUUGCUUUCCCGUUUCUUUCUUGCUUUUUAGAAAAACCCAAAAUAAAUUUGGCUGUAUUUCCUACUCAAUUGACAAUCCUAAGCCCUCAAAUAAGUAUCUGAUUCUAUAUUCCUUCUCGUGGUUAAGCAAUUUUAUCUGUUUCAUCUUAUCAAACCGUAAGGAUAGCAAUGUUCUCUAACUCAUCGUUGGAUUGCCCUUUGAAGAUUUGUCUGCAAUUGUGUACUCAAGGUACAGAAGGUUUUCUUUUAUACACAUUUGAAGGAAUGACUGGCUUCCUACUUUUCUCAGUGUCAGAUGAGAUGAGAAAAAGUGGAGGGAGUUUCUACAAGCCUAAAUUUGCAGCAGAGUUGAGGAAGGUUUAAGGGAGAGCUUUUGCUGAACUUGGUUAUAGUGCCAAACGAGAAAAAGAAAAAUGAGGGACUUUUUGCAGCCCAGAAUCAGCAGCAGAGUUGAGAAAGGUUUAAGGGAGAGCUUUUGUUGAACUUGGUUAUAGUAAGGUAAAUUUAGCUUUAAUUCAACUUAAUCCAACUUAAUUUAGAAUUAUAUUGUUGAAGUUAUUUGUGAUGAAAUUGAGCAAGGGAAUAAGUUUAGUAAAAAAAAUGGGUUUUAGACAUGCAAUGCUAUUAAAGAGUAGAAAUUUACUUUAAAGUUGUUCUUCUCUUCUUUGCAUGCUUAAACUUUGUUGUAGAUGAUUUUCUGGUUGAAAAUCUGCAAAAUAUUUGAAAGAAUGGACUGUGUUAGUUAUGCAGUUAUAUUAUUUUGCUUAUAUACAUGUUUAUGUAGAUUAGAAUUUAAAUAAUGCAAUGAAUAAGCAUCAUAAAGGCAUUCUGCACUUUUGAAUCUAUUGUAAAGAGCUCCUAAAGUAAGUAACAUGGGGCUGCUCCUAAAGUUAAUCGGGAUUGAAGUAAGUAAAAGAACUAUGCUAAUGGCUAGGGAAAUAACUCCUAAGUUAUUUGUGGUUGCUUCUAAUUAAAGUUGAUUGGAGCUAAUUUAGAAUUUUGAAAGGACUCCUAAAAUUAAUUGAAGCUGGUUUGGAAUGUUAGACCUUUGUGCUGUUUUUAGCUGGUCGAAGGAUUUGGUGAGAUGUACACUGACGGAAUGGUUACCAAAAAUUUGUUCAGGAACAUAAGGAAAUAUAAAUUCAUACAUAAAGUUUACGUUCCUUAUUAUUUAUGUGAAGCUUGAAAUAUUUGUGUUUAGGGUAAAUCCCUGACUUAACUAUUCAGUGUUAUUGAGCCCUUUUGAUGGAACUGAUCCUGUACCGUGGGGCAGAAAAACUACUUUUCUAGAUUAGCAUCAGUGUAUGGCUGGUUUGUGUUAUAUUAUUUAAACUAUGUUAAUUUUAUUGCUAUAUUUACUGAGGCUCACAGCUUAUGGAGGUUUGUUUUCCUGUUGUAAUAGAUUAAACCAGUUAAAAGCAGCAUACUUAUUUUAGGAGCCUUAGAAGCAUUUACUAGUUCAAGUGCCAGUCUAACAAACCUUCAUAAGACAAAUUUGAACUCUGCCCAAGACAUAGUCCUGGCUUUCUGAUUUUUUACUUGAACGUUUGAACUUUUUGGUGUUAUGAAUUGCAAAUGGGCUGCUGUAGGAAAACCUUACGUUUUGUUGUGUAACCCUUUUGAAAACUUGAAGAACAUGUAUAUAAUGAAAGGAUUGUACUGGU